UCUUCUUCUUCUUCUUCUUCUUCAUCAUCUUCUAUAUAUAAGACCAAGUCACUCAUCUUGUGCUUUGUUGUCUGAAAACAGUUGCUCUUCAUCUUCAAAAGGAUUUUCAUAAUCACUUUGAUAUAAUCCAAAAACUCAUCAUCAUCAAUGGCGAAUUUCUCUUCCUCGGAUCUCCAGAAUUUUCCAGUCGAUCCCAUGACUCAGUUCUCAGAACUCAACGCCAUUCAUUACCAAACGUUUCUCCCUUUCUCUUCUACUUCCGACCCUUUCUUUUUCCAUCAAGCUCUAGACUUUCCCGGAAAAUCGCCGGAAAAUUUCCAGGGUAUUUUCCUUCCGUCCAAUCAGAACCAGCCCAUGAUCUCUGUUCCUUGCAUCGCAAGCAAAGACAACGAGUCUUCGAUGAUCUCGAACACGGAGUCGAAGAAGAGAAAAGCAAGGGCUGAUCUUUCCGAGACCAGUGGCUCCGAAACCCUUUCGAGUUCUGUCCGUAUUUCCCAAAAUGGAAAGGUUCCGAGAAAACAACAGAGUUCGAGAAAAGGGAAGAGAUCGAAGAGCAUCGGCAAAGAAGAAGACAAAGAGAGAGAAGUUGUUCAUGUCAGAGCCCGGAGAGGCCAAGCCACUGACAGCCACAGCUUGGCUGAGCGAGUUCGACGAGGGAAAAUAAACGACAGACUGAGAUGCUUGCAAGAUAUGGUUCCCGGAUGUUAUAAGACCAUGGGAAUGGCUACAAUGUUGGACGAGAUAAUUAAUUAUGUCCAAUCUUUACAAAAUCAAGUCGAGUUUCUCUCGAUGAAACUCACGGCAGCAAGCACGUUUUAUGACUUCAACUCAGAGACUGAUGCAAUGGACUCAUUGCAGUUUUUUUUUUUUGUCAGAGGGCCAAGGCACGUGAGGCAGUGGAGAUGGGGAGACAAGUGAAAGAUGGGGAUGCUGUCCUCCAUUCGUCAUGGACCCUUUGACUUUUGUUUUUUUCCUACUCUCUCUCUAUAUACUUUAUUUUUAAAUAUAUAUAUAAUUUAAUAUAAUUUUUGAGUUUUAGAUUAUAAACACUUGAAGAUAUAUAUACACUUCUGAUGAUUUGGUGUAUGACCCCCCAAUGAUAAGAUAUUUUUAAUUUUGUAUA